GCAGCCAUUACAUAGUGCAUUGCUAGAUCAGGAUUCUGCAUCUCCCUUCCUGUUUUCAGAGAAACCCUGGAACAGUGCAUUGUGACAGCCUAGUACUGAGUGACUGUCAGGGGAAAAUACAGACUUUGCUUCCAUAUUUCGACAUGAUCUGGGAAGCAUUCUGCGCCUGAGCCUGCAUCAUCUUCCACAGAAAGGAGCCUUGUACAAUUGGGGGGGUGUACCCCCCUCUGACAUUUUUUUGCUCAUGGCUGAGACUAAAAUCAUCUACCAUAUAGAUGAAGAAGAGACCCCAUAUCUGGUGAAACUGCCUGUGUCUCCUGAAAAAGUCACCCUAGCAGAUUUUAAAAAUGUCCUCAGCAACAGACCUGUCAACAAUUACAAAUUCUUCUUCAAAUCUAUGGACCAGGAUUUUGGGGUGGUCAAAGAAGAGAUUUCAGAUGACAACGCAAAGCUCCCGUGUUUUAAUGGAAGAGUGGUGUCCUGGUUGGUUUUAGCAGAAAGCUCACAUUCAGAUGGUGGAUCUCAGAGCACAGAAAGCCGAACAGAACUUCCUCCUCCAAUUGAGAGAACAGGCGGUAUUGGAGAUUCACGCCCACCAUCUUUUCAUCCAAACGCUGGCAGCAGUCGGGAUGGACUAGAUAAUGAGACAGGAACAGACUCUGUCGUUAGCCACAGGAGAGAACGUCACAGACGGAAGAACAGAGAGACCCAUGAUGACGUCCCAAGAAUCAAUGGGCACCCCAAGGUGGAGCGAAUGCGGGAUCCUGGAGGGUAUGACAGCACGUCCACCGUGAUGAGUAGUGAGCUGGAGUCUAGCAGUUUUGUGGACUCUGAUGAGGAUAACACUAGCAGGUUAAGUAGCUCCACAGAACAGAGCACAUCAUCGCGCCUUAUCCGCAAGCACAAACGGAGGCGACGGAAGCAGAAAAUGCGACAAAUCGAUAGAUCUUCGUCCUUCAGCAGCAUCACUGAUUCUACAAUGUCUCUGAAUAUCAUCACAGUCACACUUAAUAUGGAGAAGUACAACUUUCUGGGCAUCAGUAUUGUGGGACAGAGCAAUGACCGUGGGGACGGGGGAAUAUACAUUGGAUCUAUUAUGAAAGGUGGAGCUGUGGCAGCAGAUGGGCGAAUCGAACCUGGAGACAUGCUGUUACAGGUGAAUGACGUGAACUUUGAGAAUAUGAGCAACGAUGAUGCAGUCAGAGUCUUGAGGGAAAUUGUUUCCAAACCCGGACCAAUAAGCCUGACUGUCGCAAAAUGCUGGGACCCUACGCCAAGGAGUUACUUCACCAUCCCACGGGCGGAACCUGUGAGACCGAUAGACCCGGCUGCCUGGAUCUCUCAUACCUCAGCCCUGACGGGAACAUACCCCCGUUACGGUAUGAGCCCCUCCAUGAGUAUCAUCACAUGCACCAGCUCCUCAUUAACAAGUUCUAUACUCGAGUCGGAAAAACUGGAAGAGUCUCCUCUGUCUGUGAAGAGUGAUAUGGCCACUAUCGUAAAAGUCAUGCAGCUGCCAGAUUCUGGCUUGGAAAUUCGAGACCGCAUGUGGUUAAAAAUUACAAUAUCCAAUGCCGUCAUUGGGGCUGACGUCGUGGACUGGUUGUACACACACGUGGAAGGCUUCAAAGAGCGCCGGGAGGCCAGAAAAUACGCAAGCAGCAUGUUAAAGCAUGGCUACCUCAGACACACCGUAAACAAAAUCACCUUCUCAGAGCAGUGCUACUAUGUUUUCGGAGACCUGUGUGGUAAUGUGGCAGCACUGAAUAUUAACGAUGGGUCCAGUGGUACAUCUGAUCAGGACACACUGGCUCCUCUCCCUCAUACAGCCGCUCCCUGGCCACUAGGCCAGGGGUACCCCUACCAGUAUCCUCUAGUGCCACCUUGCUUCCCCUCAACCUACCAAGAACCAGGAUUCAGCUAUGGCAGUGGCAGUGCAGGAAGCCAGCAUAGUGAAGGCAGCAAAAGCAGUGGCUCCAGUCGCAGCAAACGAGAGGGGAAGAGAUCAUCCGGCCGAGAGAAAGACCGUAAGUCCACUGGCAGUGGCAGCGGUUCUGACCGUGCCGGCAGCAGUGGAGGAAGAAAGAGUGAAAGACCACUGAGUCAACACAGUCAUCACAGCCAUAGCUCAGUGCCACGUAGUGAGCGCAGCCACCACCAAUCUCAUGCACCUCCGGGGCUACCCCCACUGUAUAGCCUGCCAAAGAUUGGGAAUAAGAUGUAUGGCACCAGUGGCCCACCAGGGGGACCCCCUGUCCGUGAGCUUGGAAAUUUCCCCCCUGAACUGACCGGGAGUCGGCAGUCCUUCCAGAAGGCCAUGGGAAACCCCUGUGAAUUUUUUGUGGACAUUAUGUGACAGCCAACGUGCCUUCUGGGUCUGCCAGUAGAAACACUAAGGAACUAUAGAAAAGUUAUAUCACAGAUAGAAUUACCACUGCCGUAUCCAGCUGCCAAGCCAUAGGGCAUAAACUAACCUAAUAUAAGGUCAUUGCACAAUAUUCUAACCUUUGGACAAUUUGAAAAAAUGGUUUAGAUUUAUAAUGGCACAAACACAUUAAUGCCAUCCUGAGUGAUCGUGAAGACUGUAGUGGUUCCUUUCUCUGUGCUGCAUUUGCCAGGAGGCUUCAGAAUGGACCAAUAAAAGAAGCGUCUGGGGUCCAUCCAGUUUUUCAUUCAUAAUUAUUAAUGUAGUUCUAUUUUGAAGACAAACCACUCUGGCCCAAAUGUAAUAGGCUCCGAUUUGCUGAUCCCACCCAAAUCCAGGUGAUAUAGUGGCUAUAUUUAAAGUGGAUUUUUUUUUUAGGAGCUUAGUCUACACCUUGUAAGUGAAUAUGAUCACCUGCCGUAUCACACUAUGGGGUUAAUUCAGACACGAUCGCUGCAGAGCAGCGAUCGCAGUCUGAAUUCCUUUGUGGAGUGUGCAUGCGCACCCCGGGAGCCCAGGGAGAUUGUAAGAGCAUCUCUGGGGUGCGAUCGCCUCAGGGUGGGAGGGGGCGUGCCAAUGGCAUUAGAACGUUGUUGGUGGGGCGCGGUCCGGACAACGCAGGCGUGCCCAGACCGUGACGGCUGCAUGACAUCACACAUAGCCGCUGCGACCCGGGACGUGGCAGGUAGCUCCCUGCCAGAGCGCAGGAGGUGUGCAGGCAGGGAGCUAUUCACCGGGUGCAAAAGCAUCGCCGCCGCGCAAUGCUUUUGUACCCUUACGGGGGAUGGGCAGAGCCAGACAUGCGGGUCGGACUAGCCCUGUGCUGGGCAUCCCCCCUGCAAAUCUGAGUAACUGAUCAUAGAUCUGCUAAAUUUAGCACAUCUGUGAUCAGAGCUGAAUCACCCCCUAUAGCUGCAAAGGUCCGUUAAACUGUUAUUUUAAUCUAUUGUUAGUUUUAAGGCAAUAGCAACCUCAUUUUGCCUUAAGCUAAGUGCCAUUAGCAGCUACAUCGCCGUAAUCACGCCAGAACCAGCAUAUCGGAGCCUAUUACAUUUGUGCAUCUCCAUCUGGGAAUUGCAACUCUCUGCAACGCCUUUAUGUAUCUGUCUAAGUAUUAUCAAGGAAGGAUAAGUACAGUGAUCUAACAGGUUACCCAAGAAAACAUGAAUGUAAUGAUAACCGUUCUCUCACAUGUGACCAUCCACACUCCCAGAGUGAUGAGAUAAGCACUUACAGUUUAGUCCAUAGCUCCUCUCCUUCCGCUACCAGACCUGGCGCAUUCUCCACUCUGUGACAACUUCCUACUAACUCUGCAAACUACUACGAAUGUACAGAAGAUCUGUGUAUAGAUAACAAUUUCUAAUUUAAUGUUUUGUUUUUUUAAUAUGUAUAUGUAUAAAUAUAUGUAAAUCUGUGUAAAUAAUAGUUACAGAGCAGAGUUAAUUAAGUUUUUUCCCCCUCAUAACCCCCCCCCCUCCUCCUUCCCCCCCAGGAUGGGCUAGAUUGGGCACCCCAGUUAUUUCUGAACAUCACCUUCAAUGACUCUCAGCUAGCCCUGAGCAUCAUGGAAGAUAUAGUCAAGUAACAACUGGCGACUAGAUGGUUGCCGGCUCUGGCAGUGUCCUUUCCAGCAGCUUACAUUGAACCCUGUGAGGGCAUAGGCAAGUGUACAAGCAAAACAUUUUAAUUUAUUGUGUAAAAGUAAAUAACAAUGGACUUUUAAAUUGUAAAACAAAAUACAUUUUUAAUCAUU